AUGCUCGACGAAACCCUUAAGCGCCCUUCAUCCCCCAGCUCGGAAAACAUACAAGCCCUCAAGUCACGAAAGAUUAGCAACUCACACAGCAACGGCAACAAUAACACCAUGCCUUCUGCAGUCUCAAACGGCGCAGCCGAGGCCAACAUCGUCGGCGGAAACCCCAUUGCCCGCCCUCGGUUGAGCAAGCCGCUCGUCUACACCGGCUCCUUGGACAACUACAAGAACGCCGACAUUACCCCUGUAAUUGGCCGGGAGUACGAGGGCCUCCAGGUGGUUGAUCUCCUCAAGGCCGACGACCAGGUUAUCAGGGACCUGGCUGUCACAAUUUCUCAGCGCGGAGUUGUCUUCCUGCGAGACCAGGAUGUCACGCCAAAUCAAAUGAAGAACUUCUGUCUCCGCCUCACAGAACUCGCCGGAUGUCCGAACCAGCCCGAAUCAUCAGGCCUUCACAUCCACCCCCUGACCGAGGAGGGUAGCGAGCUCGGUGACCAGAUUAGCGUCAUCAGCAGCGAGAAGCAGAAGAAGGGAGGCGGCCUCACUCACCAGUUGAGCGACGUGAGCCGUUUCGCCAGCGCCGGCUGGCACACCGACAUCUCGUUUGAGCAGGUCCCCUCAGACUACGCAAUGCUCAAGAUCCACACCCUGCCGCCGACCGGUGGUGACACGCUGUGGGCUUCUGGAUAUGAGAUCUACGACAGACUUUCCCCUGCCAUGCAGAAAUUCCUGGAAGGGCUGACAGCAACCCACGACGCCACAUUCUUCCACGACGAGGCCCGGAGGCUGGGCAACCCUCUCCGAGAGGGUCUCCGAGGCUCACCGCUGAACAAGGGCUCCGAGCUCAAGGCCAUCCAUCCCGUCAUCCGCACCAACCCUGUGACUGGUUGGAAGUCCGUCUACGUGAACAAGGGUUUCACAAAGCGCAUCAACGGCGUCACAAAGGACGAGUCCGACAUCCUCCUCAACUACCUCUUCAACCUCGUCACCCAGAACCACGAUGCCCAGGUCCGCUUCAAGUGGCGCCAGAACGACCUUGCCAUUUGGGACAACCGGAGCAUGUGGCACUGCGCGACCUACGACUAUGUCGACGCCCGAGCGGGCGACCGCGUGGCGUCCCUCGGCGAGGCGCCGUAUCUUGAUUCGAACAGCACGGGCAGAAGAGAGGCUUUGGGGUUGUAA